UUUUUUAAAGGGCUUAGCUAAAAUGCAAUGCGUUUGCCCUGACGAGGCAGUAAAGCGAGAAUGUGAGCCUUUUUGCAACGUGAAUUGAGAAUGAGGAGGAGACUCUGACAUUUCCUUUUGGGUGGUCAAGCAGUCAGAAGAGUGAAGCGCUUCAUCUGUCCGGGCUUUAGAUAGAAAGUCUCAUGGCUGGGAUUACAGCCUCCGUGAUGUAAAAAGCGAAAGCGUUAACAUUGCAUGUCAAGACAAAGCCGACACAUCACAUUGAUGCCCAGGGCAAAACUAUCGUCAUCAUUAUCUUUCACUUUGCACAUUCACAGCUUCAUGCAUCUGUCACUUUGAUCGGUUCAUUUUAGACGUAAGAAGGGGGAACACCGCAACAUGGAGCUUUUUUGCUUGGAAAACGAGACGUACAUGAGAGCCAAGAAAGAUCCGAACAUCUUCUCCGAUGAAAGAGUCCUGCAAAGUCUCCUAACACUGGAGGACAGAUAUGUCCCACAGAGACCCUAUUUUAAAAGCGUUCAAAACGACAUUCAACCUUUCAUGAGGCGAAUUGUCGCGACGUGGAUGCUGGAGGUGUGUGAGGAGGAGAAGUGUGAAGAGGACGUCUUUCCCUUGGCUAUGAACUACCUGGACAGAUAUUUAGCCGCGGUUCCAACGAGAAAAUGUUACCUGCAGCUGUUAGGAGCCGUGUGUCUUUUACUUGCAUCGAAAUUAAAAACUUGCCAGCCGCUGUCGCCCAAGAAGCUCUGCAUAUACACAGACAACUCCAUCACGUGUCAACAACUGCUGUGGGAAUUGGUGGUGCUGAGUAAAUUGAAGUGGAACAUGGCUGCAGUCACCCCUCUCGACUUCAUCGAACACAUCCUGCACAAACUGCCCAUUCCUGAAGACAGACUGACGGUCAUCCGUAAACACGCGCAGACCUUCAUCGCCCUCUGUGCGACAGAUCACAGCUUUACCAUGUACCCUCCGUCCACGAUCGCCACAGGAAGUGUGGGGGCAGCAGUAUGUGGUCUUCAGCUUCAGGAGAAGGAACACAACAUGUGGGGUUACAGUCUGAUGGAGAUGUUGGCUAAAAUCACCAACACUGAGGUGGACUAUCUGAAGUCAUGUCAAGAGCAGAUCGAGCAGCUGCUGGUCAAUAGCCUUAAAGAGAGUCAACAUCCACAAAAACAAGAGGGUGGAGCCACCAGCAAAACGCCAGACUCUCAGAACCUGUCCUGCACCCCCAUAGAUGUGCGUGAUGUCAACUUAUGAUGUCCGUUUCUGUCUACCACAACUCCUCAACCUACAGAUAACAUUUAUUUUGUCCUUUGUGUAUUCAGGAUUUUAUCGUAGGCCACGUAAAGCUUGAUGUUUAUAAAGGAGCUGCUGCAGUCGCCUCAAUUCCGCAGGGGAUGCUGUUAAACAUACUUGAAUUUCAAUUAAACGGCCAUGAAAUAUAACUAAAUAACCCAUUAUAUUAUAUAUUAAGUAUACAUUUGUAUUGGCUAUACUAUAUAAUAUAAUCUCCUAAUAUGAAUAUUAUACAAAAAUAAUAAUAAUUUUGGCAUACAUAAUAUUUUAUUUCAAGUGGCGGUUUAUUUUCUAUACUGGGAAAUAUGGGGUGCACUUAGAUGCUAGUUUAAAGCUAUAAAGGACAAAGGUUGUAUAUUCCUAUCACACUGUAUGAACAUUAAAACAUUUCAAAGCAGCAAAUGAUCGCAAAUGAAAUAAUAACUCAUAGUAAAUAACAUGCUCAAAUACUAAUGAAUGUUAUUAUAAACAUACUGCAUAUUAUUAUUUAACAAAUUGAUCAUUUUCAGUUCCCGCAUGUCCAUUCCAGUUUCACAAGCACAGGAAAAUGUCAGAUGGAUAAAGUAUGUAGUGACGGAAAUAAAGAUUGAUGUGAGAUAGAGAAGCGGUGCAUUGAAAAGAGUGGAUAGAAAGAUUGUGUACGUGUUAGAAAGUUUAGUUUGAGAAGUGUGUGAUUAACAAGUUUCUGAGAGGUUAGUUUAUAUUGAUUUAAACAGACUGUGCUGAAGAAAAGUGGGGUUUGCUCAUGUUUUGACAUUAUAACACGUGCAACAGAGAUAUGCUGGAGGGAUUUCUGGCAGUUUAAUAGUUUGGGAGUUUUGAAAAUCUUUAGUAAAAACACGACACAGAUGCACUUUCAGAACAUGCCUCCCGACGGUUUACCGCGACAUUCAAGAGGAGGACAAAUUAUUUCUUGGGGUUUUAUUAUUAUUUUUAUUUCUUAAUAAGUUAUUCUUGUUUGGGGCUGGUUUCCCAUAUUAGGUUUACUUGUGGGUUAUAGUGAUACAUUUAGUCCAAAAACUGAUCUGACUGUCAGCUAUUACAGAAAUGAUGAAAGUUGACAUUAAAGAUUAGUUGUUUUCUGUAGUUGUGUUGAAUUCAUAGAUAGACAUUAUCAAAUUUAUAUCACUUUAUUUUGUCAUUACUUUAUUUUCCUUUGUUAGGAUGAACAUCAUCAACUUGAAUAUUUUUCAUAUUUUAAAUAAUAUUUUAAAAACAUAUGCCAAUUUUCUUUCUGUCUUUAUAAUUUGAUUCUUGCACUUUUUUGUAAAUGGAUUGUUGGAAAUUGAACUCUGUAAAUUCUUUAGAGACUCCAAGAAAGUUUUAUUAACUGAACAUUUAAAUGUUUUGUUGUGACACACUCGUGCCAUUCAAACACAAAUAUGCAAAUUAACUUCAGGUUUGUGCACAAAGUUUCAAUAUUUAACUGUUCAUUUUUAUGUUAACAUGUUCAUGUAUUUUCACACAUUUAGCUUUUCAAUUAUUGAGUUUGUGUGCUAUCAUAGCUUUACAUUCAUUUUAUUUUAUUUCGUUCUUUUCUUUCUGUGUAAACAUUUUUUUUUACUUGUGUUCCAGUGCUGCUAAAAGAAAAAUGGACAAAAAAAGAGCUAUUGUGUACCUUGUUGCUGCUAUAUCCUUAAUUGUUAAAUGUGUUUCAUGGUAGAUGUUUUCAUAUUUUUUGUUUUGCUUUUUUUCCUGGUGAGGUGAGUCUAACAGAACUUCAUGGUUACAUGCAGAUAGUCUUAUCUCUAGCUGUUGCCUGACUUCUUUUACUAUUAUAUUGGUGUUAUGAAACGCCUUUAUUGUCUUCAAGCACGUACUUGCCCCCAUCACAAUACCUCACAAUACUUCAGGUGUAGAAUAGAAAGAUUAAUUUGAGACCCUACUGGUUUGUUCUUUUGUUGCUUUGUCAAAAUUAAAUGACCAAAUGAAAAAAUAAACAGUUUUAUCUGA